GUCUGUUGCAUCUGCAGACAUGGAUUUCAAUCAGCUGGAAGCAUUCUUGACUGCUCAAACUAAAAAGCAAGGAGGGAUCACAUCUGAUCAAGCUGCUGUUAUUUCGAAAUUCUGGAAGAGUCAUAAGACAAAGAUCCGAGAGAGCCUGAUGAACCAGAGCCGCUGGGACAGUGGGCUUCGGGGCCUAAGCUGGAGAAUUGAUGGCAAAUCACAGUCGAGGCACUCUGCUCAGAUACACAACCCUGUUGCUAUAAUGGAGCUGGAAAUAGGGAAAAGUGGACAGGAAUCUGAAUUUCUUUUUUUGGAAUUUGAUGAGGCCAAGGUCAACCAAGUUCUGAAGAAGCUGUCAGAGGUAGAAGAAAGUAUCAGCACACUAAUGCAGCCAGCCUAGCUGAAAAUGGACUUGUUGAAGCAAAGGUGUUCGUGAUCUGUUUUUUUUUUUUCCUUUUUCUUUUUUCUUUUCAUAUUAUUCACCCGUUAAUAUUAAAUCCUCAAGUUCAAA